AUGACGAAUCCUCUUUCACUUGUCUUCAUAACGGCGACCAAUCGGCUUGUCCCCGAUGACAAGCAUGCCCGCAAGCAGAUCCGGAAACAGGCCAUGAGCAGAUGUGCCCAUGACAGGCGAAAGCGAGGCGGAUAUGGGCAACACAACCUGAUACAGUAUCCCAUUGACCUGCUGCAAGAUGAGGACAGCAGAGGUAGUGGUACGGCAAGAAAGACCGCCCGAGUAUCUGUCAAGACUGUCAUUCCGGCGAGUCUCGCGAGCUGUCCUUACGAGAAGAUGAGGAUGCGAUACAACUUUGAUCUUCUCGACUUGUCUCAAUUGACAUCCUUCCACAUCAACUACGCGACAGCGAGCCGCCUGGCAAGCAAACCCACUAUGCUGACCGAGGUCUUGGGCAACCGGCAUUGGUCGUAUUUGAACUAUCUGCCGAGCCGACUUGGCCAUAACAGCGCUUUGGACAAGGCUGCCGCAUGUGUGGCCGCUAGAGUUCAGCAAUGGCUUGCUUCUCCUUCUGAACCGGUGUCGUACGGCAUUCUCAAGCUUUAUUCGAGUGCCCUGAAGGCUCUUCAGGCUGAGCUACAGAGUUCACAAGCCUGCCUCCGACCUGAUGUGCUGUGUGCUACGGCAUUACUUGGGGUAUAUGAGUUGUUGAGGAUGUCGACUGAAGUUUCCUGGAACUAUCAUUCCGUGGGAGCAAGUGCAUUGAUAAAGCUCCGCGGCCCAGGCCGUUGUGAAAGCGACUUUGAGAAAGCAUUGCUGCUAUCACACGUCGGCCAAAUAUUCCACGAAGCCAUCAACUCCAAUCAGAACUGCUUCUUGGGCGAAGACGCUUGGCAGGCAGCAUUGCUCUCCAUACCUACAACCGACAGCCUCUUCUCCGAUCGGAGUGAGCCAAUUGUCUCUCUUUUGACAAACGUAUGCCGCAUUCCCGAAUAUUUCCAGAAGAUUUCUCAAAUCGUCUGCAUCACCAGAGGCGACACCUCAGACUGUGUGGUUGAGCAUGUCAAAAACAGACUGCAUCAACUGCUUCAGUCCAUUCUGCUUUGGCAUGAGAAGUACUUUGGGUCAGGGACAGCGGACUGCGCCAGCAUGCGUAUAAACAAAGACAGACAGCACGAAGCGCUCGGUUUCAGUUACGCAGUGUCCAUCAUUCUGAACCGUUUGCUCUUCAGCUUGGAUCCGGUAGGAAAUGCCUCUUGUGAGGAGACGGCGGAGGACUAUGCUUCCAAGAUACAGCUCAUUGAAAAGGAAGGGCUGUCGACUGUAUCCCAGGCAGAACUUUUCAUGGCAAUCAAGCUCGGCGUUGCGCGGACGACUCUUGCCACAGCAGCGCGAUGGCGGAAUUGGUUCAUGGAAAGCACACAAUAUGGACCUUCAACUGGAUCACAUAUGUUGCCGAGUGUGGUGUUCAUGGACUGGUGCCAGAGAAUGGGUUGGAAGACCCCUCGACCAGUUGUGACAAAGUGA